AUGUCGUCUGCAAUACCCAAGGCCGUAUUGUACUACAGCCCACAAUCUGUGUGGUCCUCUGCGGUACUUCUUGCACUCAGCGAGAAAGGAUACGGAGAGGAUGAAGUUGAUCUCAAGGUUGUCGACAUCAACAAAGGACAAGAAUUUUCCCCGACCUUCCUCAGGUUGAGCCCCAAAGCAAUGGUGCCAACUCUCAUUGUACCCCUCCGCGGCUCUCUCGCAUCUGAUGUUGCAAGCCGUUUCAAGGCUAUCUCUGACACGAAAGCACUGAUCGAGUUCCUGGACAAAUCUCGGUCCCAAUCAUCUCACACGCACACUACAUCAAGCGCUCCAGCUCCAUCAUUGUCCCCUGCGACAGUUGCAUUCGCCAGUGCAUCCAGCAAGAUUAUUGACUCUAUUCAUGCUGAUGAGGUCUCUCCCGAUCGCUUGCAGUACUUGAAUGCUCGUGAUCAAGCCUCACUUCAAGAACUUGGAAAGUCUCUGGUCCCUAUCCUUGAAUCCAGACGGGCGGCAAUCGUGGGAUAUCUCACCGACUGUGAACAGAAAACACUGCAGAUGUCUGAAAAGACCAAGUCAUUCUGGCGAGAGAAACAAGCGGAGGCAGAGACGGCACUGAGCGUGUUUAGCGGGAAUGAUGUCGACGGAUACUUAUCACGCUCUAGGAUUAUGUGGGAAAUCACAAUUCCAGGUGUUCUCACUCGGUUGAACGAGGAGUUCAUUGGGCCCUACGCGUUAGGUUCGUCGAGAAGCUACUUUGUUUGGCUCAUGAUCACAGAACAUGACACAGGUGAUCAGGUCUCUAUCGUGGAUAUUCAUUUAAGCGCUUGGCUUUCUCACCUUGUCAGACUGGCUGGCGGAAGCCCUUACGAUAAUGGAGAUGUUGCUAUUAAAAGAGUGGAAAAACAUAUUGGAAGUGGUGGGUUUGUCUUUCCCGAGGAUUUCUUGCCUUCAGCUUUUAGCCCAUUCACGGAAGAAAAAAGCAGUUGCGAGGAGCAAGCUAGCAGCAUUUUGGGAUGA